AUGGAAAUCGCCACCCCUCCGACGUCAAAAUGCAUUAUAUACUGGAAGAGAAAAGUCAAGUCUGAAUAUAUGCGUCUUCGGCAGCUCAAGAGGUUUCAGGCGAACAUGGGAGCUAAGGCUCUGUUUGUGGCCAACUUUGCGAAGGUUCAUGAAAAGACUCAAAUUCUGAAUGAAGCCUGGAAGAAGCUUCGAGUCCAGCCAGUGCAAUUGAUGAAGCCUGUCAGCGGGCACCCGUUCCUAAAACAGUGUACUGUUGAGAGCAUUUUCCCGGGAUUUCCAAGCCAGACGCUGUACAUGAGGACCCUGAACACGGUGGCCCUGGUGCCCAUUAUGUACUCCUGGUCUCCUCUUCAGCAGAAUUUCAUGGUGGAGGAUGAAACCGUUCUCUGCAAUAUCCCUUACAUGGGAGAUGAGGUGAAGGAAGAAGAUGAAACUUUCAUUGAAGAACUUAUUAAUAACUAUGACGGGAAGGUUCAUGGAGAGGAAGAAAUGAUUUCAGGAUCAGUCCUCAUCAGUGAUGCUGUGUUCCUGGAGCUAGUGAAUGCCCUGAAUCAGUACUCAGAUGAGGAAGAGGAAGGACACAACGAUUCUGAGGUUAAACAGGAGGAUGGGAAAGAAGAGCUGCCAGUCACAAGGAAAAGAAAGCGAAUUGCAGUGGAAGGUAACAAGAAGUGUUCAAAGAAGCGGUUUCCAAAUGACAUGAUAUUCACUGCUAUUUCUUCUAUGUUUCCUGAAUAUGGCUUCCCAGAUGACAUGAAAGAGAGGUACCGGGAGCUCACGGAAGUGUCAGACCCGAACGUGCUGCCGCCGCAGUGCACUCCCAACAUAGACGGGCCGUGCGCGAAGUCAGUCCAGCGGGAGCAGUCCCUGCACUCCUUCCACACCCUCUUCUGCCGCCGCUGCUUCAAAUACGACUGUUUUCUGCAUCCUUUUCAUGCUACUCCUAAUGUGUACAAACGAAAGAAUAGAGAGACCAAGAUCGAGCCAGAUCCUUGCGGAGCAGACUGUUUCCUCUGGCUGGAAGGAGCCAAGGAGUUUGCUGCGCUGCACAACCCCAGGUCCAAGUGCUCCGGCCGGCGCCGCCGGAGGCACCACGUGGUGGGUGCUUCUUGCUCAAACACCCCGGCUUCCACCGUUGCUGAGACGAGGGAGGGCGACAGCGACCGAGACACGGGCAACGAGUGGGCGUCUAGCUCCUCGG